UUUAAUGGCGAAUCAGCAUCUGCACCUAUAUCUGAGCCAUACACACCGACAACCCAGAGCUUCAGUGGUGGCCCCCCCAUAAAUGGAUUCUACUCACCCGAACUUAGAGGUGAAUACGGAGCUGGCCUUUUGGAUCUUCAUGCAAUGGAUGACAGUGAGCUUCUUUCUGAGAAUGUAGCAUCAGAACCAUUUGAAGCUUCACCCUUUGUGCCAAAGGAAACUGAUGACGAUGAGGACGAUAUAAUAUCAGGAAGCCAGCAAGGUCUAUCAGAAAAUUAUGGUGGUGCAAUCACAAGCGAAAAAGAUAGCAAUACUAAAGAAAGUAAUGUAGCAAAGAUUAAAGUUGUGGUAAGGAAGAGGCCUCUGAACAGAAAGGAAAUAUCUCGAAAGGAGGAUGACGUAAUAGAUGUACAUAAUUCUCAAUUCUUGACUGUUCAUGAACCUAAAUUAAAGGUGGAUUUGACGGCUUAUGUGGACAAACAUGAAUUCUGCUUUGAUGCUGUCCUGGAUGAGGCUGUAACUAAUGACGAGGUGUACCGGGAGACUGUGGAGCCCAUUAUACCAAUAAUUUUCCAAAGGACCAAAGCAACAUGCUUUGCAUAUGGCCAAACAGGAGAUGAUUAGCUGGGAGCACACUACCUGCAGCAUGCAUGUUCUAGUCUCCUAUAUGUGAACCAGCAGUACAAACUCAUUAUCUGCGCAUGGAAGCUGACUUUUAAGUACAUUAAUUUCCCUGGAGGAUUGUUAUUCAUGCCAAAACAUAUUCUUAGUGAUGAGCGGCUGUCAUAUAAUAGUUUUUUAGCUAUUACUGCAGGAUUGAUGAAUGCUCAUUAUCUGGAUAUAGCUUCACCAUAUCUUCGAUAAGAAAAACAUGCAGCUCUGCACCAAAUUCAACCCCAGUGGGUCCACUACCAAUAAUCACAAAGGGUAUGGGCCCCAAUCGAUCGAAGAAAAACAGAAACUUUACAUGCUAUUAAGGAGCCUGAAUUUUAAUGGCGAAUCAGCAUCUGCACCUAUAUCUGAGCCAUACACACCGACAACCCAGAGCUUCAGUGGUGGCCCCCCCAUAAAUGGAUUCUACUCACCCGAACUUAGAGGUGAAUACGGAGCUGGCCUUUUGGAUCUUCAUGCAAUGGAUGACAGUGAGCUUCUUUCUGAGAAUGUAGCAUCAGAACCAUUUGAAGCUUCACCCUUUGUGCCAAAGGAAACUGAUGACGAUGAGGACGAUAUAAUAUCAGGAAGCCAGCAAGGUCUAUCAGAAAAUUAUGGUGGUGCAAUCACAAGCGAAAAAGAUAGCAAUACUAAAGAAAGUAAUGUAGCAAAGAUUAAAGUUGUGGUAAGGAAGAGGCCUCUGAACAGAAAGGAAAUAUCUCGAAAGGAGGAUGACGUAAUAGAUGUACAUAAUUCUCAAUUCUUGACUGUUCAUGAACCUAAAUUAAAGGUGGAUUUGACGGCUUAUGUGGACAAACAUGAAUUCUGCUUUGAUGCUGUCCUGGAUGAGGCUGUAACUAAUGACGAGGUGUACCGGGAGACUGUGGAGCCCAUUAUACCAAUAAUUUUCCAAAGGACCAAAGCAACAUGCUUUGCAUAUGGCCAAACAGGUAGUGGUAAGACAUAUACAAUGCAACCCCUACCUCUAAGGGCUGCACAGGAUAUGGUUCAUCUUUUGCAUCAACCUGUGUACCUGAGUCAAAAUUUCAAGUUGUGGCUUAGCUACUUUGAGAUAUAUGGCGGGAAGCUUUAUGACCUUUUGAGCGAAAGGAGGCCACUCUGCAUUAGGGAAGAUGGAAAGAAACAGGUCUGCAUUGUCGGCUUACAGGAAUUUGAGGUUUCUGAUGUCCGGAUUGUCAAAGAAUACAUUGAGAGAGGAAAUGCCUCGAGAAGCACAGGAUCAACUGGGGCCAACGAAGAGUCAUCACGAUCUCACGCCAUUCUGCAAUUAGCUGUGAAGAAGCAUAUCCCAGUGACAGAGACCAGAAGACAGAGAGAUCGUGAGGCUAAUGAAGCUAAAAAUACAAAGCUUGUGGGAAAAUUGUCAUUUAUAGACCUUGCUGGAAGCGAGCGUGGUGCUGAUACAACAGAUAAUGACAAGCAGACAAGAAUUGAGGGUGCAGAAAUAAACAAGAGCCUUUUGGCUCUCAAGGAAUGCAUUCGGGCACUGGAUAAUGAUCAGAUACAUAUUCCUUUCAGAGGAAGCAAGCUAACCGAGGUGCUUCGUGAUUCGUUUGUUGGUAACUCUCGAACAGUAAUGAUUUCUUGCAUCUCACCGGGUUCAGGUUCAUGUGAACACACGCUAAAUACCUUAAGAUAUGCUGACAGGGUUAAGAGCCUCUCGAAAAGUGGCAACUCAAAAAAAGAGCAGUUCAGUGGGCAGUUUGUGUCCUCCAGCAAGGAAUCUACCCAUACAUCAUAUCCAUUAUCAGGUGAAGCUGAAGAAACUGUGGACCAGAUUGAAGAGAACAGACAUAUUGAUGCUUCAAGGAGUGUUGUUGAAAUCUAUAUGAGUUCUUCAGUGGAUCCUGAUAGGAACUCAUUUAGUAUGAUUCCAAGUUAUCCUCAUAGAGGAAGGGAAGAAACUAGUUCAACAUCUAGUUUGAAUGAUAGGGGGAGAAUUGAUUUCAAAUCUAACCCGACUGGUUAUAGUAGUAAAGCACAGUCACUUCAGAAUUCAGUUAAUUCACAAGAAGAAGAUAAAGUUACAAAAGGCUCACCUCCUCGGAGAAAAGCUAAUAGGGAGGACAAAUCUGAAAGGCAGAACAACUACGUGAAAAAGGAAAAUGGGGCAGAUGUAAAUCGGAUUGUUCACAAACAGCAACUGAAACAGCAGCAGCAAAGACCACUGUCUACUUCGGCAUCACAGGUUUCCUCGAGACAAUCUGAAAAGGAAAGUUCGUGUGAUGAGGAAAUAAAUGCAAUACUUGAGGAAGAGGAGGCAUUGAUAGCAGCUCACAGAAAGGAAAUUGAAAAUACUAUGGAAAUAGUGCGGGAAGAGAUGAACCUAUUAGCAGAUGUUGACCAACCAGGUAGCCUUAUUGACAAUUAUGUGGCACAACUGAAUUUUCUCCUGUCACGGAAGGCGUCCGGCUUGGUCAGUCUCCAGGCACGCUUAGCAAGGUUUCAACAGCGCCUCAAAGAAGAGGAGAUCCUUAGCCGUAAGAAACCAUCAAGAUAGUUUAACCGAUUUUUUUUAAAACCAUUUGGCUUGUCAUGAAUUGCAAGGAGCCGUGAGCGGGAGGUAUGUUUUAUUCUGAUCUCCCAUGUGAUCACAUUUCACUUAAGAGCUUGAAGAACUGAGUCUAAAAACCUGGGAAAUGAGAACCUGGAAUGGAGUACAAUGGAGUCGUGCAGGCGCUUGGUUUUGAGGUUUUCCCUGCAGUUUGCUCAUUUUUUCUCUUUUCUUCAAAGGGUUGUUUCAUUCUUUUUUUUCCCGGUGGUGGCAUGAUUUGUCAUUCUUGCCACAUUCUUUUUGUAUGAAUAUAGUGUAACUGGUGUUUGAAGAUGAGGAAAUUAUACUUGUACCUUGGCAACAUAGAAACUGUUGUUGUAUUGUGUGUAUCAAGAAAGGCAACAUUGCAGUAAGAUCUUCAGGAAUAUUUAAGUGGCAAGAAUCUGGGACAUGGUUCGUCA